AGAGCACUCUGCAGUAUAAGCGAGUAUUCAAUGCAGCUCCUGCUGUUUGCGUUGCUUCCAUUAGCUGGAGGUUUUCCGUAUGCCAAGAAAAAUGAACCGAUCUUCAGGAACUUAAACCAGUAUCCUGGUUUCUUUUAUAUGAAUCGGUCCAACGCAGCACAUCGUGAUCGAUGCGAAAGUGGAUGGACUUAUUAUGAUGAGACCGAUGCUUGCUAUAAGAGCUUCUUCAAUAAGCCCUUUCAAGCUGCCGAGAGCAUCUGUAUCAGUUUCGGAGGACAUUUGACUUCUAUUCACAGUCAAAAAGAAAAUUUAUUUGUAGCCAACUUGGCACAAAUGGGAUUCAAUAUUCCUGACUGGAACUGGGCAACUUGGAUAGGUCUAGUACGAUCUGAUUAUUGGAAAGGAGACUCGAACGUUACGUGGAUUUGGACUGACGGCACGGUGUUGGACUUUAUAUCCUGGGGACCAACUGAACCAAAUGGUGGACAAGACGGACAGCGCUGCGUGGGGCUUGUCUCCGACCCUACCGCAAGUAACAAUGAUAUCCUAUGGUAUCAGAAGUGGUUCGACAUUGCGUGCACCACCUAUAUGCGAUCGUUUGUAUGCAAGAAAAUGGCUUUACACGAUGAGUGA